GUCGCGAAGGAACCAUCGCGAAUUAUUCGGAUUGCACCAGAUUGAUAAGCGGAUUGGGCGAAAUUUCCUCGACUUCUCCGAUUUCUUCCGAGAUCCUCGCAUCUCAACUGACCCCCUAAAUCCUGGCGAUCGAGGACUGCCCAUGAGACGACAUACAAGGACAUCACUUCGGGAAAUCUUUGAAGGACAUAGAAGACAAGAGAGGCUGCAAUAUGACGAGACCGAAGAUGUCGGCCCUCGUGGCCUCCGCUAUUCGCAAUCUGCGGGAAAUCCGCGGUUCCACGUCGAAGGAAAUCAUGAGUUACAUUAAAUCCCAAUACAGUAACGGGUCGGACUCGACUAUACAGAAACAGAUAUACACUGCCUUAAAACGCGGCUUGGACUACGGUAUCCUGAAGAGGGACCGCGGUUAUUACAGCCUGAAUACGGAUCCUGACAUGCUGUACAAAGCGCACACCGUGGCUCCUUUGGAGCAAGGCAGGAGACGAAGGAGGCGAAGGAGGCGACGACGUGGCCGUGGAGUAUCGGGAAGGCGAGGUCGCGGUAGGAGAGCUGGGAGGGGCAGGGGAAGGGGCAGAGGAAGAGGAAGAGGAAGAGGAAGAGGAAGGAGGAGGAGGAGGAGGAGGAGAGGGAGCAGAGGAAGGAGCACAGGGAGAGGUUCGCCACCUAGAACGCCUAGAACGAGGUCUCUUGCAACAACCAAAUGCAGGAUAUGUUCGUCGAAGAAGCGCACGGAGGACACCUUAAAGAAGAUCCCGAUGGAAAGCCUUCAGAAGAACAUGACUUAUUUGUAUAAUAAGGACACCAACAAUCAGCCGCUGUCCAGACACCAGAGUCGCAGCCGGGAUCGAAGUCCGACGCACAGUCAAUCGACUAACAGCGACAAGGAGAUGAUUGACGACCGAGAUCAAUCGUGAAUCGUCUGAGUGCGAAAUAACACUCCAAGUUUUAAUCCUUUGCAGUUGUUUAUCGUCGACGUAAAGCGUUGAAAUAUUAUUUUCUAUAAAAUUGCAAAAAUUUAUUUUUUUAAGGGAUAACAAGGUAUGGCAAGA